CGCGUAGGACGUCCCUGUGCCAGGGGUGAAUGAAUACCGUUAUCUUUCCCUCUGCACCGUCUCACUUCAUAGGCUUUACCGGGAACUCAAGCUGCAGCUGCAAUUAAGGAACCACGCCUGUUGCUAUUUAAUUUCCCUGAAUUGUAGCACUUAUACGACAGCUCCCUAGAGCUAAAAGAAUAGUUACAAGCUCCCGACCAGAAAUCACACUACUCGUCGAUUCUUUUUUCUAACCCCCCCUUAUUAAUUUUAUUAUCGCGAGAACCAACAGUACGAGCCUCCUGGGCUGAUCUUGACCACUGCUGCCGGGCUGGGAGUUAAUAUCCCCAGCUCUCUGACCUGGAGCACGCACUAUAGCAGAGAUGGAAUACCUCAAGUUUUCUUUAGUGUUUUCUUGCUGGAUCAAGUUUGCAACUUCUGUCUUGUCCAGUGAUGUUCCUCAAGCCCCUGUGCCAAUUCCUAAAGAGAAAUUGCUCGUCUUAACUGUUGCAACUGAGGAAACAGAUGGUUUCCUCCGCUUCAUGAGGUCUGCUGACUAUUUUAACUACACUGUGAAGGUGUUGGGAAUGGGAGAGGCAUGGAAGGGCGGUGAUGUGGGUCGUUCUAUUGGUGGAGGGCAAAAAGUCAGACUACUGAAGAAUGCCAUGGAGGCUCUGGCUGAUCAGGAGGAUCUUGUUGUCCUCUCUGUGGAUAGCUAUGAUCUUAUCUUUGCUGGGGGACCAGAAGAAAUUCUCAGGAAGUUUCAGCAAGCCAAUCACAAAGUGCUAUUUGCUGCAGAGGGACUGGUAUGGCCAGAUAAACAGCUCGCUGACAAGUACCCCUUAGUCCGCACUGGGAAACGCUACCUCAACUCUGGAGGUAUAAUUGGCUACGCCCCGUACAUAAACAGAAUAGUUUCACAGUGGAACCUUCACGAUAAUGAUGAUGACCAGCUCUUCUACACUAAAAUAUACCUGGACCCAUUACAGCGGGAAUCUCUCAAUAUGACUUUGGACCACAAGUGCCAGAUUUUUCAAAACCUGAACGGGGCUGUUGAUGAAGUGCUUCUCAAGUUUGGAACGGACAGAGUGAGAGUUAGAAACACGGCGUACGACUCUCUGCCAGUAGUUGUCCAUGGCAACGGAAACACCAAGAUGUACUUGAACUAUCUGGCCAACUAUGUUCCCAAUGCAUGGAACUAUGAACAUGGCUGUAGCCACUGUGAUGAUGACGUCGUGGACUUUUCUCAGUUAAAAGAGUAUCCAAAUGUGCUGGUUGGAGUAUUCAUUGAGCAGCCAACUCCAUUUCUUCCUGAAUUCUUUCAGCGACUGCUGACCCUGGACUACCCAAAGGAUAAACUCAAACUCUUUGUCCACAACAAUGAGGUUUACCACGAGAAGCACAUCCAGAGGUUCUGGGAAGAGAACAGGAAUGUGUUCAACAGUUUCAAAGUUGUGGGACCAGAAGAAAAUUUGAGCCAAGGAGAGGCCAGGAAUAUGGCAAUGGAUCUUUGCCGUCAGGAUGCCACAUGCGACUACUACUUCAGCAUAGAUUCUGAUGUCAUGCUGACCAACAGACAAACACUGAAGCUCCUCAUUGAGCAAAACAGAAAAAUAAUUGGCCCCCUUGUCACUCGUCACGGCAAGCUGUGGUCCAACUUCUGGGGAGCCUUGAGUCUGGAUGGUUAUUACGCCCGAUCUGAAGAUUAUGUUGACAUUGUGCAGAGAAAACGCGUGGGUGUGUGGAACAUUCCUUACAUGGCACAUGUAUACCUUGUCAAGGGCAGUGCCUUAAGGAAUGAACUGAAAGAAAGGAACUACUUUGUUCUGGAAAAACUGGACCCAGAUAUGGCUUUAUGUAGAAAUGCCAGAGAAAUGACCAGUCACAGAGAAAAAGACUCCCCUUCUCCGGAAUCAUUCCAUAUGCUCAGGCCCCCAAAGAGGAGAUCACGGAGGAGACAAAAGCUUGGAGAGUUAGUUCACACAGGAGUCUUCAUGUACAUAACCAACCGUCACGAAUUUGGGAGGCUCAUUUCCACAGCCAAUUAUAACAUUUCUCAUUACAACAAUGACUUGUGGCAGAUAUUUGAAAACCCUGUGGACUGGAAAGAGAAAUAUAUCCACUCAAACUACACUCGAAUUUUCACUGAGAACUACUUGGAGCAGCCAUGUCCAGAUGUGUUCUGGUUCCCAGUCUUUUCAGAGAAGGCUUGUGAUGAACUAGUCGAGGAGAUGGAGCAUUACGGUUCAUGGUCUGGAGGCAAACACCAGGACAAGCGGAUUGCUGGAGGCUAUGAGACUGUGCCGACGGAUGACAUUCACAUGAAGCAAAUUGGGUUUGAGAAAGAGUGGCUGCAUUUCAUCCGAGAGUUCAUAUCACCUGUCACGUUAAAAGUUUUCUCUGGCUAUUACACAAAGGGUUAUGCUCUAAUGAACUUUGUUGUAAAAUACACUCCUGAGAGACAAGCCUACCUGAGGCCCCACCAUGACUCCUCUACCUUCACUAUCAACAUUGCUCUCAAUAACAAAGGCAUAGACUUUCAGGGAGGGGGUUGCCGUUUCCAUCGGUAUAACUGCACCAUAGAAUCACCGAGGAAAGGCUGGAGCUUCAUGCACCCGGGACGACUGACUCAUCUGCAUGAAGGCCUACCUACAACCGGCGGCACCCGCUAUAUUGCAGUGUCCUUUAUUGAUCCUUGAACUACCUGACGGCCUUAUGAUGUCAAGUCUUUCAACCACGCUUCGCUUUUUUUCAUCCAAUUUUUUUUUGUUUUUGUUUGGUUGUAUGAUUUGAAGUUUUGUGCACAAGCUGUUCUGCUGAUGCGAUUCUUUUUUUUUUAAAGCAGUUGCUUUAAAAUCUUGAAAAAGUUGCAUUCAAAUAAUCUCUGUCAGACAGAGAAUAGAGAGGAAAGGGAAGUAACAAAGGCAAUUAACAGUUUUGAUACACAAAUUGAAACAAAAACCAAGUUAGCAGGGUAAGGAUUUCUGUCACAUUACUGCUUCAUUUUUCGAUUUAAAAACAAAAUCAUUCAGUAAAUCGUCUGUGCUGUAGAAUGCUGUGAUUUUCAUUACUCUGUCAUGGUAACCAUCAUUCAUGCACCCUGGUUGAUUUGCUAGCAAUUAGCUGUACUGUGUGAGGUUGUGCAGAUGACCAUUGUGUAUAAAAUUGUGUUUCAGGUAAAAUGUCACUGAACUUACGUAUUGCUUCAAAAGUUACUACUGGUGCUAAUAAUCAUGUUUCUGCAGUGUAAGUUACGUUGUUUCCUACCCUGAGUCAGUCAAGGUUUUAUUUGUGAUUUUUUAAUUACAUUUCCAUUUGGUUUGUGCCCCAUUAAAAGAACUUGUGUACUGUAAUUUUGCACAGCAAAGAGAGCAGAAUUCAAUAAGAAUUCUAGCUAAAUGAAGAUAGAUAUGUAAUUUUUACUUGAAAGGUUUUCCUUCUUUCUGUACUGAAUAUUGGCAACACUGAUUUGCUUUACUGAAAAUAUUUCUGCAAAAUGUUCUUCCUUUUUUCUGACAGAUAUGAGUGACUGGAUUUUGAAACUCAGCAAACUAUUUUUUAACUUAUUGUGUAAUUCAAUUAAAAAAAACAGAAUACUGAAAAAUUAAUGUUUUCACAUUUACUCUAAUUUUGCAUUUAAUAUACUA